AUGGUAACGACUUCCGAUGACGACGUUGCUAACCCUCCAGCCAUCUCGGCGGCACCAAGCCAGGAGGAGCAGAAUGAUUCAACAACAACCGUGAUAAGGGACAAUGAUAAGCAAUCCGAUUUGGAAGCUCGAGAACCACCUAAGGAAUUGGAAGAAGAAGAAACACGCGCCACAAAAAAAGAUGCCAAGCCUUCUGCUAACACUGCCGCCACCAUGGACAAUGUCAUUAUUGGCAUGGAACAACAACAACAACAAGAAACCCGUGUGACCAAACUGGGUGUCGCGGAAAAAGGAGCAGAACAAGCCAGUUGUUCCGCCACCACAGGUGAUCUAUCUAUUGAAGUUGUAGAUUCAGAAGACCUGAAUAUUGUUAUAAGAGACAACGACACGCAUGGCAUGACGGCAGAGGACGAUUUACCCCCUGCAGUAGAAUCCACCGAGUUGGCAGCAGAUCGAUGGUUCGCACUAGCAUUCUUGGGAGCCAAGUUGUCCUUUGCCGACCUUUUCCCAUUGGAGUUCUACAGCAUGACAAAUAUCCAGUUCAUUCACCUUGGUCCAGAUUUGACCGGUACUCUACCUACAGAACUUGGUUUGAUGACAGGUCUGUUGGACCUACACUUCUUUAUGAACCUUUUCACAGGUCCAAUUCCCAGUGAGCUGGGGCUGUUGACCAAGCUGACAGGGUUGGGCCUCCCGAACCCAUAUCUUUCAGGCACUAUACCCAGUGAGCUUUGGUUGAUGACCUCCCUGAAAAAAUUGCAGUUGGGCGAUGCGUUUGAAUUGCAUGAACAAGGAAGCCUUCUAAGUGGCCAGAUUCCCAGUGAGGUUUGGUUAUUACCAGAGCUAAAUGGCCUGUGGAUUGCAAAUACCAUGAUGACAGGUUCCCUUCCCAGCGAAAUUGCAAUGGCUACAAACAUGGAAUCGAUUAUUUUGAACAACGUUUCGCUGACUGGUUCACUGCCCAGUGAGAUUGCAAUGAUGUCCGUGCUGCAAGAUAUCGACUUCAGAAGGAAUCAGCUAUCAGGGCCGAUCCCAAAGGAACUGCAACAAAUGACAUCUCUGGGGUGGAUGUUCCUCGAUGACAACAACUUUUCUGGUAGUCUUCCUGUCUUUUUGCAAUCAUCGGCAAACAUCACAAGACUAACACUGGGAGGCAACCGUUUCUCUGGCCACAUCCCUUCCGAAUAUGGGGGGAUGACGGCCCUGCAAAUGCUGCUUUUAACCAAUUUGCCAUUGCUGACAGGGACGGUUCCAUCCGAGUUGAGUUCCUUGUCUGAACUGGUCCGUUUGGACCUGAGCGGCAGUGAUGGCCUAAUGGGAUCUCUGGCAGAUGAUUUGUGUUACAUGCAGAAUUCAUCAUCUGCCCAGUGCCUUGUCCGCUAUUCAUGCCUUCUCCGCUUUGAAUGCACUGACCAGUUUUGUGGUUGUGAUUGUCCAUGCUCACAGAACAAUCAAACAGUCUACGAUUAGCAGAAUAUAAUCAAUACAAUUACUUGAGUAUACCGGUACUGGUGCAAUAUGCUUUGGGUAGCUGGCUAGUGUCGACUUUUUCAAGAAAAGCUGGCUAUAAGAAACCACUAGCAUUCUCUGUUAGCAUCCAUCACAAAAGGGACUGCCGAAUGUGAUGCAUAGCUAGGCAGCUAACUAGCUAGCCAGUGGCUUGCUUUUUGGGAGAUUCAAUUCAGUUUGCAUUAUUUGCAAGAACAGACAAGGCAGAUAUUAUGAUACUACGGGUUAGAGAAGUGGACUGUGGUGGUGGAGGAUGGGUUGGCAUUUGCAGUUUUACCAGUACCGUACGAUGUCUAGUAGUGUGAUGGGUGAUCCAUCACAAUGGGAGUACUGUGGCUUAGAGGGAACUUUAGAUCCUCCAUCCGCAGUUUGGGAGCUACGAUACGGCUAGCUAGCUAUAGCUCUGACAGCUACAGGUAGUCUGGCUACUAGCAAAUGGGUGGAGCCGAUCAGAUCAAUCAAUUUUGUGCUCGUUACGUUACGUCCCGAUGAUACGGUACCGGUACGUUACGAUAGACUACAUUCUAGCUGCUAGAACAGAAGAAGAAGAAGAGGUCUAUCGAUAGUGUAUGGUGUUCUAUUCUAGUUAGCUAUUAUGUUUAGCUGGCAACAUUAUUGGGUGCAUGGAUGCUGUAGUUGGUUGUAGACUAGCUAGUUGUUCGCAAUGAUAUGAAAUAAAAUGUAGC